GUAGUUGAAAUUACAUUCAGGGUCCGAGAGUAUGCUUAUCAAACAACCGAACGCGAGCUGGUGUAGUCGCGUGUGCAGAGAGGUUCACAAGCAGUUUUUGAUAUCCGAACGCCACCCUCUCAUCUUCGAUUAUUUACGGAGCUACCUCGCUCUGGUGGAAGAGCGUCGGCGGUACUUUCUGGAAGGCAGGAGUGUCAUUCAUCCGCUUAGCAUGUUCAGUCUGUUUUGGAAAAGCUUAAUGAUAUUCGUUAACCUUGGUCAUUUAGUAGCGUCGACCCUGCGAUUUUGUAUUAUAACAGAGCCUUUCAACAUGUUAUAUAUUGAAGAUUGCGACAUCAUUCUCGCGAUUAUCCAAGUUAUAUGCCUUAUCGAUAUAAUAAUAUGUUUUAACAUUGGUAUUUUGAAGAGCGAAUCAGCGUUGAUAGUACUUGAUCGUAGAAGAAUUGCAAGGGCAUACCUUUUGAGCUACUUCAUACCAGAUCUGAUAUCGGCGACUCCGGUUUCCUUCAUUUUGCUUAUGAUAAGAGAAAGGAGUCGCAAGGACAUGUUGAUCCCGGACCUCCUGCCUUUUUUUCGCGGCGUACGGAUAGUCACUAUUCUGGAUGACCUGAAGACUCUCUUACAGUAUGCUCAGUCCUUAAAGUACCUACUUGAGACUAUGAAACUAAUUUCGUCUACAGGUACUGGAUUCAGCAUGUUCAAGACUUAUCAUGGGUCCGAGAUAGUAGUCAACUCAUUUAUAAUGUUAUUGGGAACCAUGUUCAAGAUGUACUCAGUUGUGUACUGGCUGCAAACGUACAUGACCGUGUACAACUCGACUUUACGGUACCAGGAGUUAUUGGAUCAAGUUGAGAAAUUCAUGAGUCACCACCAGUUUCCCGGGCCAUUAAUGAGGCGUUUGCGUGACUACUACGAAUAUCGCUUCCAGGAGCACUAUUAUAAGGAAUCAGUAGCUCUCGGCUACCUCUCAGGUGCGUCCGUAGUUACUGAUCGUACAAUAUGUCCUUUUUACAAGCGUUCACUUACACAACUUCGGGAUGAGAUACGUCUCAAUACUUACCAGAUCUUGGCGGACAAAGUGGCGGUCCUUCAGAAUCUGCCGCCGGCAUUCUUGGGCAGAGUCAUGGGCUAUCUUGAACUCGAUAUAUUCUUACCUGACGACCUUGUCUUCCAUGUCGGAGACUUAUGCAAGCAUGUGUACUUUGUUUGCACGGGGACCCUGGCUCUUUAUACCGUGAAAGGGGUUGAGGCAAUGCACUUUGAAGACGGUGACUUUGUCGGCGGCGUGUCGUUGCUGACGUUGAGUGCCAGGCGCGUUACUACACUGGUGGCCAUUGAAAUCACGCACACCUAUCGACUGAGCUUCGAUCAUUUGAGAGAACUAGCCAAGCUUAACCCAGCGUUGCUGGACCGUAUCAAGAAAGAGACGUUCAUACGUUUCUCACAGAUCACGCACAUUGACGAGCUAAUCCUCAUCGAAGGAUCUCCCGCUGAGGAUAAUUAG